UUCCCCCGGUCGCCUCCAUAGACUGCGUCGCACUCUUACGGCCGAAGCGUACGCACCGGUGACAGCCUGCGCUCGAUUCUCAACGCAAUGACACAAGUGAACCUCAGGAACUGAAACAAGUCAAACCUGAAGCAUCGGAUCAAGAUGUUUCUGGAAACGAUCUCCAGGAUAAUUAAAGUCCAACUUCCUGCGUAUCUCAAGCGGCUUCCGCUGCCGGAGAGCAUCGGCGGCUUCGCGAGCUUGACAGUGUCUGAGUGGCUCCGGCUGCUGCCUCUCCUGGGCAUCCUGGCUUUGCUGGGCUACCUGACCAUCCGUCCAUUCCUGCCCAAGAAGAAGAAGCAGAGAGACAGCCUGAUCAACCUGAAGAUCCAGAAAGAGAACCCCAAGGUGGUGAACGAGAUAGACAUCGAGGACCUGAACAGGGCUAACGUGUGUUACUGUCGCUGCUGGCGCUCCAAAACUUUUCCUGUUUGUGACAAGUCACAUUUAAAGCACAAUGAGCUGACUGGAGACAACGUGGGACCACUCAUACUCAAAAAGAAGAUUCUAUAAUCGACUGCAGAUGGGAGUUUUCCUUUCCCCUCCCCAGUCUUUAGUUUUCAUUUAACAGUUUGUAGUUUUGUCUGUUUUUUUUUUGUUGUUGUUUUGUUUUUACAUAUCUUGAUCUUGCUUUGGUGUCAUGUUGGUAGAAAUAUUAACUUCCAGAGUAUUUUCCUGUGCAGUAAGGGAGGGUUUUGUUUUUGUUUUGGUUGUGGCCAUUGUUCACUGUUGUGAUAUGACUGUCAACUCACUUAGAGUCACAUCUCAGUUGUUUUGGAAUCAGUCACAGGCCAUCGGGAGAUUUGGGACCACUGAGGGAAAACUUGAAGCUCAAUUUCAGCGACGUUGUGACGACUUUAAAUGAUUCGAAGCCAUGAGCUCCAUCUCGGUUCAUCCUGUAGUCAAAACAUUGCACAGCAAGCUUUCAUGUUGGACAAAGCUUUCUUUCUUUCUUUUGCUUCCGUUUUUCCCGUGUGCCAAAUAUUUACAUACUGUCAGGAUGUGAAACGCUGUCCUUUUAAGUUAUUGUGUGUAUGGGAAGCUACUUAUUAUUCUUCAAAUGUAUUUUGUUCGCAGCCACUAAACACACGUUUUACACUUUGUUGCCUUCAAACAUUUCAAACAACUGCACUGUUGAAUAAUAUCCAGUUUUAACCUCACUGCCCCCCCGAGGUUCUUUCUAAACGCCGUUUAUUUUUCCAACUCCUGUAUAAAGUUGACUUCCUGCUGGAGCCUUUCUACUUUUUAAUUCAUCAGCAAUAUUUUAUACAUAAAGGGCUUGUAUCGUCAGAUAUGUAUUUUCAACAUAAUGUCUGAGAAUGACUGUGUGUGUGUGUGUGUUUGUUUAUGAACCUUUGUUAAGGCUGAAAUUCAUUCAUUCUGCAAUACAAAUGUGAAAUGUGCAAAGAAAGUCUCAAUAGUUUGACUCAGCAGAAUCUGUUACAACUGGGGAGCACUUCACUUAAUCUGGAGAUGUAAUAAGUAUGUAUGAAUUUCAAGGAAUCAGAGAACACCUUAUUGUACAAGUUUGUCUGUUACUGAAUGUUUUUCGAUUUAAAACUUAAAUUCAGGCUCAUAUUUACACAGAGGUUCCUUAUUAUAGGCAGAGCUUUAACCAAGAGAUAAGUUUCUUCCCUUUCCUUUCUCAAGUGUUUCAUAAACUUAGGGUUGUGGGUUUGCAUAAAGAAUUUAACAACACAAUAUCCCUACUUAUUAUUCACAAUAAGGAACACUGCAAUUAAUAAUAACCUCUUCUGUUUUCACCUGACGACUGAGGACAGACGGGCCCUUAGGUGGAUUUUGGAUUAUUUGAUCUGACAAUUUCAGGCUUAUUUACAGACGCUGGUGGAGGAAGUUCUUAAAGAUACAAGUACGAAUAAAUGGAAAAAUAAAAAAAGGCAAAAGUACAUUUACAUUUGUUCUUGAGUAAAAGAAGUACUUGCUUUAAAUAUACUUUAUUAAAAGUAAACGUAGUUGCUGAGUGAAGUCUAUUCAGUAAUGCAACAGUUUACUACAUCAUCUCAGUGGCGGCCUCUUCUGAAUCCAUAUCGCUGCCAUGUUACCUGCCAGCUUUGAUUGGAACAAUGGACCAACUCCCCUUGUGGCAUAGUUUACUUUAAUAUAAAAACAGUGUUCAAAUGAAGCUCAAUGCAUUGUUCAAAUGUAGAAAGUACAGAUAUUUGCUGAUAUAUGUACUUUAAAAUAAAUAUACUUAUUAAACAAUAA